CCGCGUGCCGCUGUGAGCCGCCAUGGCGGCGCCGCUGGAGGUGGCGGCGCAGCUGGAGAACCUGGCGGUUGGGCCCAGCGCCGCUGGCCCGCCGCCGGGCUCCACGGAGGGGCCGCCGGGCUCCACGGAGGGGCCGCCGGGCUCCACGGAGGGGCCGCCGGGCUCCACGGAGGGGCCGCCGGGCUCCACGGAGGGGCCGCCGGGCGCCACGGAGGGGCCGCCGGGAGCGCCGAGCCCCUCCCGGGAGGGCGGCGGGGAAGGCCAGGCCGGGCCGCCCCCCGCCGAGGGAGCGCGCUGCUCGCCGCCGCCGCCGCCGGCGAGUCCCAGCCGGCCUCCUGCCGCCGGCUCCUCGUCGGACUCGGAGAGUGAUACAGAUUCAGAUAGUUCAUCAACUACAUCUUCCUCUUCAUGUUCUCCUUCAACAGUAUCUGAUGAAGAUGAUCAUCCAAAUGAGAAGGAUAACAGAUCUUACUGUGUUAAAACAAAAGAUGAGUUGCCUGUUGAUGAACUGCCUCCUGUUGAAGAUUUAUCAAUAAUUCUGCCUGAUGAUGUUGAACUGAAGCUCUUUGGAACAGUUUCCAGCAUCAUUGAGCAGCUAGUAAUAAUUGAAUCACUGAGAGGUCUGCCUCCAGUAAAUGAGGAAAGCAUAAUUUUUAAAGAAAAUCGGCAAGCAGCAGGAAAGAUAUUUGAGAUAUUUGGUCCUGUUUUACAUCCCUUUUAUGUGUUAAGGUUUAACAGCUCUGAGCAUAUCAAAGCAAAAGGUAUUAACGUGCAAGAUAGCAUGUAUUUUGCUCCAUCGGUGGAGGACUUCACCCAGUAUAUAUUUGCAGAGAAACUAAAACAGGAAAAAGGUUCAGAUGCAUCUUGGAAGAAUGACCAAGAACCACCACCUGAAGCCUUGGAUUUCAGUGAUGAUGAAAAAGAAAGAGAAGCAAAACAUAAGAAAAAGAAGCCUCAAAGUCAAGGAAGGAAGAAAGUCAGAUCAGAAACAAAUGCAUCAAGUGAGAAUAAAGGACUCCAUCAGUCAAUGCUGCAGCCUGCUUUAAGUUAUUCAAGGGGAUACCGUGGCAGAGGGUUCUCCAGGGAUCCAUUCCCUCCUCCAUCAGGCCCUCCAGGUUUUUUGAGAUCGCAAGCAAGACCACCACAGGUAUACUCUUCAGAGAACAGAAUACAUCAGGAAUCUCCAGUGUUUCCACAGCCUCAUAGAAAAGAAAAUCCAAUGAUGCAACAGUAUCCCUUUCCUCCUCCAGUUUUUGGUUCUGUUAAUGAUGUGCAUCAAUUCCACCUUCCGCCUUCAAAUCUGAAUAUGAUUUGGACAGGCCCAAACAUGUACAACUCAUCAUACCCAUUUUUACCACCUCCACCACCGCCUCCUCCACCUCCUUCAGAUAGCCAGCCUUCUCACUUCAGGCCUUACUAAGUUUCUGUAAACAUGCAGACAGAGCAUUGCCAUUGAAUGGGGGGAAGAGCAGGCUGUCAAGACUGUAUUCCCUUAUUUUGGAGAUGCUUCAUUUUUCUGCAACAGUAGAACAAAUGCAGAGUUCGAUGCUUUGUCAGAUAUCCAUAGAAAACUAUUUUUUUUUCUAUAUAUGUUUUAGGUUUCAAAAAAGAAAACUGUAUGACAAAAACAAGCGAAUAUUAAGCAAUGGUUUAUUUUUAUAAUAUCUAUUAGUUUGGGAUGAUAAAUAAAAACUUUUUGGAAACUGGUAUGUAGUGGUGGAAAUCUAUUUUGUAAUAAAUUUUAAGAGUUUGUGUAGCUACUGUCCGAUAGUGAUGAAGGUAUGUCACGUAGAUGGUAUUUUAAUAUUUUUAGAGUGGUUGUAUAUUGCUAUGGUAAACCAUUUUUCUCAAUUUCUGCAAAUUUUGAAAUCUACUUGCAUGGAAACUUAAAAAUAUGACACCUAG